AUGGCCCGCCUCGGCCCGGGGCGCGCCAUCCUCGUGCGCGCGGCCCGCGGCGCAGGGCUUCGCUUCUUCGUCGUGGAUCGCGAGGCCGAGCCGGCGCGGGCAGUCUGCACGCUGCGCGGCGCCUUCCAGGAGGCGCCCGAGGGCCGCGCGAUGCGGGGGCUGGUCCCGAGCUCGCUCCAGAUCACUACCAUCAAAGCGAAGCUCGACGACUUCGAAGCCGACCUCCAGGGCACCGCAGCUCAGAUCGCCACCUUGGCUGCCUCGUACCAGCGCCGCACGAAGGAGGUUGCAGACGCCAAGGAGGAACUGCAGAUGCUGGAGACCCAGCGUGCCCUUGCAGCAUCUGCAGCAGCGCAGGAGGCCACAGCCCAGAGCGACACUUCCAACCUGGUAUACGCGGCGCUGCAGGCCAAGACCCCCUCUGGCGGAGUGGUCCCUCAUCAGCUCCAGCAAAAAGUGCAGUCCCAGGCAGAUACCUGUGACGAGCUCCAGCAGCAGCAUGAGCAGGCCAUGGCAACGCAGGCAGCGACACUCUCAGCCCCAGCAGCGGCCGUCACGCCUAGGCAGCAGCUGCAACCGCUGUCGGCGAAGGCAGCCCCGCUCCAAGCACCGCCGCUGUUCGCAGCAGAAGCGUCGCCCCAGCCAGAGACCCCGCAGCACAUCCCAGCCAGCCAGCUCGACUUCGGGAUCGAGCCCAUGUUUUCCCCUGCCUCGGCCGACCCCAGUCGCCUGACGGGCAUCCGCCUAGAGGCGCCAGGUCUCCCCGAGGUCCAAGCGUGGGCCAGCUAUCCUUUGUCGCUGCGCAGGCCAGUCUGCCUAGACGUUCAAGGUGGCAGCGAUAUCCUGGCUUCGGCGCUGAACGAAGCCGCAGAGUCGCGCCAGGCCGCGCUUCUGUGCGCGGACUCCCUGCUUGUCGAUGCCGUCGAGCCUCUCCGAAAGCAGCAGCAGUCGAUCCUCGAUUUUGGUCAUUUCGCCCAGGACAUGUCGCAGGCGACGCAUCUGAUCAUGGGUCUGCAGGACCCACCGGCAGGGUUUCACAUUGUCCUGAGCCUGAAGGGCAGCCUUGCCGCAGCCAUCAGCCUUUGCGGCCUGUUGCAGGCAGGCGCUGCAGCAGGGGCCCCAUCCGCGGGCGCAGCCGACCAGGCCAUAGGCACCGCCCCCCAGGAUCUGGUCAAGACAUCGAGUACGAGCGCAAGAAGAGCUUCUCAGAGGCGCACAAAUCCUGGGCUUCGCGGGUUCAAACAUCUCACCAAGGAAGUAUCGGCUGGGCCCGAAUAUGGAUUAGCAACCUUGACGCAUGGUGGCCGGCCGCCACCUAUCAGUGGCAUGCGGUCGGUCGUCCCAGCAGCAUUCUUGGAGGUGAAGCAAGCGAAUAUUUCGGACACGACCUCGAAAUCUCCCUACCUUCUCCGGUUCCAAGGGACAUCGACGAUGGGACUGCUCUGGGGCCCAUGCCGGGCCAGAAUCCAGUGCGCCGCCAAAAGCUUCGCCGCGAGCAGGGCUUCCACGUGGGACGAAGUCCACAAUGGGCGUCUCGUCCUGAUCGCAGAGCAGCAGGCGGACCUGAUCGCACAGCUGCUCCUGAUGAUUGGAAGACUCGGUUUCAUGCCCUCUCAGAUACAGGCCGUAAUCUCUGUGCUUAUCACGAAACGCAAGCAGUAA